GGCCGCAGCCUCCCGGAGGAGUCGCUCCCUCCGCGGCUCCACUCGGAGCUCCGGCGGCCUCCCGUCAGUCGCUUCCCUCCGUCCUGCGGGAAACAUGUCGCUUCUCUCCGGCCACUGGAUCUGCAGACUCCCGGUCCACUGACGCUCCUUCCGCACAGACUCGCCUCUAAAAUGGCACAGCAGAACUCCAGCUGCCACUACAACGAGUCCAUGAGCUUCUUCUACAACAAGAAUGGCGGCGACGACAAAUGGGACUCGGCUCAGCUCAUCCUGGUGCAGGUGGUUGGGUCACUCUUCUGCUGCUUCAUCUUGGUCUCCAAUGCCAUGGUCAUCGCCGCCGUGGUCACCAACAAGAGGUUCCACUACCCCUUCUACUACCUGCUGGCCAACCUGGCCGCCUCGGACUUCCUGGCCGGCAUCGCCUACGUGUACCUCAUGUUCAACACCGGCCCGGUGUCGAGGAAGCUCACGGUCCGAGGAUACUUCAUCCGCCAGGGCCUCCUGGACAUCAGUCUCUCGGCCUCGCUGGCCAACCUGCUGGUCAUCGCCCUGGAGCGCUACAUCUCUGUCAUGAACUGGAAGGUCCACAGCAACCUGACGAAGCGGCGGGUGACGCUGCUCAUUGUGCUGGUGUGGGCCAUCUCCAUCUUCAUGGGCGCCGUUCCCAGCCUGGGCUGGAACUGCAUCUGCGACCUGGACAGGUGCUCGCAGCUGGCGCCCAUCUUCAGCCGGAGCUACCUGAUCUUCUGGUCCGUCUCCAACCUGGUGGUGUUCCUCGUCAUGGUGGCCAUCUACAUGCGCAUCUACACCUAUGUCAAGAAGAAGACGUCGGUGCUGAUGCCGCACACCAGUGGCUCCAUCAACCGCAAGAGAACGCCCAUCAAGCUGAUCAAGACGGUGAUGGUGGUGCUCGGAGCCUUCGUGUUCUGCUGGACUCCCGGCCUGGUGGUUCUGCUGCUGGACGGCCUCAACUGUCAGCGCUGCAACGUGAUGAAGCUGAAGCGCUGGCUGCUGCUGCUGGCCGUGCUCAACUCUGUCAUGAACCCCUGCAUCUACUCCUACAAGGACGAGGAGAUGUGGACCACGUUCAAGAACCUCAUGCGCUGCAUCGGCAACGGCACGCGGCGGCAGCGAUCCACCAAGGCCAACUCCAGACCGCUGAGCUCCGGCCAGGACACAGUCAACAGCCAGCCGCCAUCCGAGGAGAUGAAGAGCGACAACCAGGGGAUCCUCAAGACCUGAACGAGACCAGGGGAUCCUCAAGACCUGAACCAAGCUUCUGUUUGGAACUUUCCGCUAAGGAUCAGAGCCGACUUGGAAUUGUCUGUAGUCCGUCUUUGGGGCGUUUUCUUGAGGAGUUGUGGUCAGACGGAGAUAUGAGAUCUUCAUGCAGUACUAAUCCCCCUAAUGGACGCCCAGAUGUGCCGUCCUGAGAGGAUUUUCUUUGUCUGAUUACACAACAACAGGACCGGUUGUGUAAUGGAGACUCCUGCUGCCGUUUCCUCGUCUUGUCCCUGUGGGUUAUUUAAAUACCAAAGGAGUCAUCUUGCGUUUACACUUUUACCCCUGGAAGGUCAGAAAUGUUGCAAAACUUUAUCCCGACUGUAGACUUGUGUAUAUCUGCUUGAAUUAUCCUGUAGGUUUACUUCAUGUGUAGCUUUUUGAAGGAGAAAUACUGUAACAGAGGAAGUAGAACUUGUUUCCAUCCAGGAACUAUAAAAGUGUAGUUUAACGGCUCUACUGUAAGGAUCGACUGGAUGGUUUUCUGCUUAUUUAACUUAGGUUAGAGAAUCCCAACCCUUUGUGGGGAACAGAUAGCAGUCGUUCCUCUUUACUUCCAUCCGACUGCUUUAUCGUCUAGAUCAGGGGUGUCAAACUCAUCUUAGUUCAGCCCAGUCUGAUCUCCAGUGACCAGUAAAAUCACAGCAUAAUGACCUAGAAAUAACCACAACUCCUAAUGGUUCCUUUGUUUUAGUGCAAAAAAGUACAUUUUGAAAAUUUUCCAGAACUUUAAGGAAUUAUCUUACAUCAUGAACAUCCUAAAAUUUCUGAAUAAAAUUAAGUUCAAUUUCAUCAACAUUCAGCCUCAGUUUAUCAUUUCCACAUUACAACUUCCAGAUCACAGAGUGUCUACAAAGAAACACAACAUUUAGUCAUCUGGAACUGAAUGAUGUAGUAUUUUCCUUUAAGAUCAAAGCGACAAAAGUCAGAUAAAAAAACAGCAAAAUAAGACAGACUAUUACAAAAAUGAGACACAAAACAACAAGCUUGAAAGAAAAUGACAAAUAACGAGACAAAUGACACAAAACAAAACAAAGAGCCAAAAAAGUUUCAAAGUGACAAAAAAUGGACAAAAAUGAUACAAAGAUUACACAAAUGACACAAACUAAACACAAAAUGACAUAAAAUGAGACAAACAACACGAAACAAAACAAAAACGACAAAAAAAAUACAAAGCAACAAAAAAUGGACAAAAAUGAGACACAAAAUGACAAAAAAUAGACAAAACAAGUGGGACAAAAAAACCAAAACGACACAAAUAACGCACAAAACAGCGAAUAACAAAAAACACAAAGUGGCAAAAAGAAGACAAAAAACACAAACGAGACAAAAAGGAAAUGCAAAAUGACAAAAACAUGAGACAAAUGGCAAAAGUCAGACAAGAAAAGAGAAAAAACAACAAAGACAGGACAAAAUAUUACAAAAAAGAGACACAAAACAACAAAAGCAAGAAACAAAACAACAAGAAAUGAGACGAACGACAUGAAACAAGACAAAUAAAAAGACAAAAAAAAUUGACAAAGAAGUUACAAAGCGACAAAAAGAUGGACAAAAACAAGAAAAAAAUUACACAAAUGAGACAAAAAGGAAACACAAAAUGACAAAAAGCGAGAAACAAAAUGAUAAAAACACAAGACAAAUGAUAAGUCAGACAAAAAAGACACAAAAACAACAAAAACAAGACACAUUGCAAAAAGGAGACACAAAAUGACAACAAUGAACAAUCUAGUAUUUUACUUAUGAUCCAAACAACUUGUCAUGGUCUAGAAAUUAUUUUAAAUUUAUAGUUUUACUAAUUUACAAUCUGCAGUUAAUGUCUUCUCUGGAAUUUUUACACUUUGAGGGCCGGAUUGGACCCUCUGGAGGGCCGCUUUUGGCCCGUGAGCCGCAUGUUUGACACCCCUGCUCUAGACAAACAGAUAAAGUCACGGAUGAAAACCUAUUCACCCUGUAGCAUUUUUACGGAGAGCUGCUGUCGCUCACCUGACCAGCUGUAAGAAGACGUUGCGACACACUGGAUUCCUGCAGGUACGAGGACGUCGAACAGGAAAUGACUAAAAUGACUGCAAUGCCCACACAGAGGCUUUAAAAGACUCUCCUUGUACAGUAUUUAUGUCACUUCUGCUGCAGAGGACGUCGUUCAAACUAGUUUAUGGCUUCUGCAGCAUGACUUUUAUGACUGGUGGACUUUUUAAAAUCAUGAAACUCGCCGACUUGUUACGUAACUUUGGAUUUUUUAAAAAAAAACAUACACUACCGUUCAAAAGUUUGGGUUCACCCAGACAAUUUCACGUUUUCCAUGAAAACUCCCACUUUUAUUCAUGUGCUAACAUAACUGCACAAGGGUUUUCUAAUCAUAAAUUAAAAAUAAAAAUCAGCUGUUUCCAGCUAGAAUACUCAUUUACCACAUUAACAAUGUCUAGGCUGGAUUUAUCAUUCAUUUAAUGUUAACUUCAUUGAAAAAAAAAGAUUUUCUUUCAAAAAUAAGGACGUUUCUAAGUGGCCCCAAACUUUUGAACAGUAGUUAAUAAGGCAGGGUGUCCCUAAAGUCUGGACACACAGGAAACCUCAUUAACUAGAAUGUUUUUGCCUCCACAGAUUAAAUAUGGCUUUGUUGAAACAAGAAAGGGUUGAACUGGUACUUCUCAGUGGACGUAAAGGAUGGACAUAUCGAAUGAUACGGUUACGGUUAGUAGGGUUAGGGUUAGUAGGGUUUGUAGGGUUAGUAGGGUUAGGAUUAGUAGGGUUAGAGUUAGUAGGGUUAGUACAGUUAGGGUUAGUGGGGUUAGGGUUAGUAGCGUUAGGGUUGGGGGGUUUUUUCUCAAACAAUAGAGUGUCCUGAGGAAGGCCUGAGUAGGCCUCAGAAUUCCAUCACUCACCCAUCCAAUUGUUUGUGGGCAUGUGUCUGUCCAUUCAAUGUGAGCUCCUUAAGGGAUCCAGGUAAAAGUACCCAGAAGCAUUUUGUCGGUCCUUCCUUGUGUUUGUGUUGCAGAAACCUCCUGGAGUCUGUUAGAAGGCUUCAUCAGAAGAGGUGAGAUGUGGGAAGGGGAUGAUGGACUAUUUUAAGGAUGAUGGACUAUUUUCUAGUAAUGGAGGCUGGCAAUGUGGCGCUAUCUGAUUGGCCUGUCUGCUUCACGUGUUUCUUGACAUUGGUCUCCCUGGAAACACCAACGGGUUAGGGUUAGGAGGGUUAGGGUUAGGUUUAGAAAAGUGAUUUUGUGGGGCUAGCAUGAAUUUUAGCAAUGACCAAUCCUUUAGUUUCAGCUGAUACAUUUGGUCGUCCAGAAUGGGGUUUGUCCAUGACACUGCCUGUUUCUUUAAACUUUUUAACCACCUUCACCACCGUGGAAAAGCCAAGUGGAAUCCUCCUUGGACGCAUUAAAUUCAUCUGCUAUCUUUGUCCAUCCUUCACAUCCACUGAGAAGUACCAGUUCAACUCCUCCUUAUUUCAACAAAGCCAUAUUUAAUCUGUGGAGGCAAAAACAUUAUAGUUCAUGAGAUUUCCUAUGUGUCUAGACUUUAGGGACACCCUGCAUUAUGUGUUUUUUCCCUCUUUCUUUCUUUGCAACAGAACUCAAAUCUAUAUUUUUUAUACUAUUUUAUGAUUUGGUUAUUAUUUUGCCACUGUUUUAUCCACAUUCGCAGCUCCACUCAUGGCAGCAUUAUUUGUUUUUUUUCAGUUGAUCCACCUCUUUAGCUACAACUACAAUGUCUCUACAACUACUGAACCUUGUUUUUGGCUUUUAUUCCAUCUAGAGCAGUGGUUCCCAACCUGUUUGGCUUGGAGACCCCCCUAUAAGCUGCACCCCAGCCCCAGCACCCCCCCCACCAAAACCACCCCAUAAGUACACUACAAACAUAAGAGGGAAGUUAUUGAAUUGUAUUACUAAUAGAAAAUUCCCUAAAAUUAUAAAAAAAAAUAAUAUUUUAUAUCAAUAUCAAGAGUUGUACUGUGAUGAGGAGGAGAGAGUUUAUGGCUGCAGUAAAUUUGUUGACACUACAGUGCAUAAGAGUUAUUGAUUUUUUUUUUUUUUUUUUUAACUAAAAAAUCCUUAAAAUUAUGGAAAAUAAUUAAUAUCCAACCAGGAGUUGUAGUAUGACCAGCAGGAGUCAGUUGGUGGCUGCAGUAAAUUUGUUGAAUAUUUGUGUCUCUUCGCUGUUGCAGCGGUUUUGCAUUUUGCAGAUGGUCCCUGUUCACUCGUCUCAUGCUCAUAGACACCAAUGUUAUUUCUGCAGCUUGAAAGACAGCUACUUUUGAUAAAACUGGGCUUUUAGUACAUUGUCUACCUUACAACGAUGGAAAAGAAGCAUCGUUUAUGUUUAGACAACGUAUAUUUAAUGAGUUAUUGAUGCCGGAAGUCUGAAUUUGUGAAUAUCUUUCUGACUUUACCAAACUGUGUUUUAUUUCCUGACGUCGCCAUAAUUCGCUGGUUUCAUGCUGUCAUUUGCAAGCAUUUCACCACAAAUAACAUAAUUCUGUCUUAUCCUUUAAUAAAACCAAAUUUAAGGUAACUCUCGAGGUAUAGCCGGAGUUUUUAGGUACUAAUGAAUCUUCACCCGUUUUGCGUUUUACAGACACCGUUUCCAUCAGUAAUUUUCUAACUGUAACACAAACUAAUGAAUCUGGAUGAACUAGAGCCAACCUGAAGAAAGCGUGGAGAGAAGUUGAAAGGUCAAGGAGGUGUGGCCAUCGAAGUAGCAAAGGAUUUUUGAAGAAAGACCAAAUGUGUUUUAAAAAUGUUUUAUAGGUAGACUUGUGAUGACACAGUGAGUCUGUUACUCUGAUUUUAUCCAGAAUGUAAAAAUCUAUUUUUUAUAACCUCACAGCCUCAGAGCAGACAAAGCUUUGCGCCCCUCCUCAGAUCUCUGGCGCCCCCCCUGGGGGGGCGUGGACCCCAGGUUGGGAACCACUGCUCUAGAGGAUGAACACUGGGCUGCAGAUACGAACCCACCACUGGAUGUUCCUUUCAGGUGGACUUGUUCUUCCUUUAUGGUAUUUGUGUUGCUAUUUUCAAGGCUAUUUUCAGUUUAUUACAGGAAAUAGCGGCAACUUCUGAGCAGCAGACGAUUUUGAAUGUGCAGUAAGGCCGCCCUACUAGUUCUUUGACGGUUUUUCUGCAAAUUCACCAAUUUAAUGACAGUUAUUGACUCUUUACGUGUAAAAUGUUCCACCAAACAAUCUGUCCAUGACUAUUUUCAAAAGCCAGUUUACUACGAGAAACAACAACAACUUUUGAGCAGCAAACUACCUAAAUUAAAGUUUCAAGUUUUGCAGGGGAUCUUGACUGUCCAGUAAAGCAGCACUGCUGUUUUCUUUCGGCAGAUUGACCAUGUUAAUGACAGUUUUUGAUUCAGAUGUUCCAUGAAACAAUUCCACUGUGACUAUUUGCAAUAGAAGUUUGUCUACUAAUUUCAAAAUCCAGUUCACUACAAUAACAACAAACUUCCACACUGAAAGUUUCUAGUUUUGCAGAGAAUGCUGAAUGUGCAGUAAGACAGCACUGCUAGUUUUUUAUUUUUUCAGCAAAUUGGCUAUUUUGAUGAGUUAUUGACUCUCUGCUUACAAAAUGUUCCCUCAAACAACUCCACCAUGACUAUUUUGAGGGAAAACAGAAUCCUUCACUGAGCUCCUCCUAAUUCUGAUUGGUUUAAAGAAAUGUAAACAAGCCAGAACUUUAUUUUGUAACAGCAGAACAAUACUGAGGUGCAGUCAGACCAUUCUACAUGACAGAAUUAGAGUUAGAAUUAGAGUCUACCAGGACAGUGUUGCUAUUGCUAAAUGACUGAUGUAACUGAGCUACUGUUGCUGCAAAACUCAUGAGUUUUAUAGGGAUGCAAGAUUACACCAAGAUUUAGUCAAAUCAGCUCAUCUUUUCUAGUUUACUAAUAGCAAAUAAAGGGUGAUUUUCUCCGCCCACGACAACUGUGAUUGGUUUAAAGAAACACAAAAAAGCCUAAACUUUUUCUUUUUGAAAAGCAGAAUAAUACUGAGGUUCAGCCAGACCAUUCUACACGACAAAAUUAAGCCAUAAUCCACCAGGACAGCGUUGCUAUUGCUAAAUGACUGACGUAACUGAGCUACUGUUGCUGCAAGACUCAUGAGUUUUCUAGGGAUGCAAGAUUUAGUAAUCUUUUCUAGUUUACGUGUGGCAAAAAAAGAGUGAUUUGCUCCACCCAGAACGAUUGUGAUUGGUUUAAAGAAACACAAACAAGCCAGGACUUUUCUACAGCAGUCAGACCAUUCUACACGACAAAAUUAAACCAUAAUCCACCAGGACAGCAUUGCUAUUGCUAAAUGACUGAUUUAACUGAGCUACUAUUGCUGCAAAACUCAUGAGUUUUCAAGGAAUGCAAGAUUACACCAAGAUUUAGUCCUAUCUCCUCAUCUUUUCUAGUUUACUUGUGGCAAAUGAACGGUGUGAUUGGUUUAAAGAAACACAAACAAGACUGAACUUUUUUUGUUUGAACAACAGAAUAAUACUGAGAUGCAGUCAGACCAUUCUGCACGACAGAAUUAAGCCAUAAUCCACCUGAAGGACUGAUCUAACCAAACUGCUGUUGCUGCAAAACUCAUCAGUUUUCAAGGGAUGCAAGAUUACGCCAAGAUUUAGUCAAAUCAGCUCAUCUUUUCUAGUUUGCCUGUGGCAAAUAAAGGGUGAUUUUCUCCACCCAAGAUGAUUGUGAUUGGUUUAAAGAGACACAAACAAGCCACAACAUUUUUUUAACAGCAGAAUAAUUGAGGUGCAGUCAGACCAUUCUACACGACAGAAUUAAACCAGAGUCUGCUAGGACAGUGUUGCGAUCGCUAAAUUACUGGUGUAACUGAGCUGCUGUUGCUGCAAAAUUCAUGAGUUUUUUGUAGGAUAGUUGUGGCUCAGCGGUUCAGACUUUGGGCUACUGAUCCAACAGUUGGACCCUUAAACAAUCCCCUUGGACACCAACUUCCAAAAACAAAUAAAUUAAAAGUAUGUUCUGGCAAAGUAAGGCCAACUGAUGUGCAAACUCUCUUAACAACUGCAGGAUGUGUUGUCUGGAAGUUUUCUGAAUUCUCUACAUCAGAGUUUUCCAUGUAUUUUAAUUCUCAGAUCAUAGCAAAGCCAAUUAUCUGCAUUUAAAUUAGCAUUAGCUGUACUUUGUGUGCAAAAACUGGCACGCUAGCAUGCUAACCUGACACGGUGAACUUUACCUCCUAGCACGAGCUGCAGACUUUCUAAAUGUUUGAACUCAUCACCCACUUGGCAGCUGCAGCAGCCAAAACAAAUGCUAGGAUUACCGGCAGAUCCUGUUUGACCGACUGUCUCAGGACUUUAAACGAAGACGCUGAUGCUGAUUGUCACCGUUGGUCCGGAAACUUCUGAUGAACUCUGCAGAUUUUAUUUCUCAGAGAGCGAGGAUUAACUGACCCUCCAAUUAUAUGAUUUUCUGAGCGGUGGGCGGCUGAUGAAGCAUCACUGUUUGGCUCUUCAGGGCUGCUAAAGCCGACCUCUAGUUUCCGUCAGGUCAGUUACACAAACAUGACUGAGUCCUUGAUUGAAAUAGCGCUUUAAUCUGUAAAAAUAACCACAGAAAGUGCUUAUAAUAAUUAUAAUUUAUCUGAUUAAUCACAAAUUUACAUCUAGAAACUGGAUAAGGGUCAUUCCAGGACAUUUUGCAUCCAAUAAUCCAUGUUUAAAAUUCUAAAACAUGCAUUUGUUGUGUAAAUGUUCUUGUCUUGAGACCAAAUCUAAAAAAAAAACUAGGAGAAAAGCCAAAUAAGUCUGGAGUUCCCCUAAAAUGCCAUUUUUCUCUUGUCCCACCCCCCUGAUGACUAAACUGAAUCUCUAAUAAAAGAGUUCAAAUGAAA